GGGUUUGUUUGCUUUCCUUCCAAAUGGGAAAGCAUAUAUACACAAUUGGCCAUCGGGGUCGGAUACCGUACAAAUGCUUGAGGGUUCCGUUCAGGGAUGAUGAUCACUGUCCAAGUAUCGCUUUUGAGAAUACGGAUGAGCUGUGUGAUAGUGAGCUGGCACACGUUGUUGUUGUAUUCUAUUUUGUUACCCCCACGUGGUAGUGCAGCUUUCCCGACGCAUCUGGUCAAUUGUCUGGUUGGUACUUAUGGUCAGGAUGACGGAGGGUUGUGGUGUCAGGUUUUAGUCAUGUCUGGGGUGCACACGUCGUGGCUUCGAUUAUGUAAGUUACAAAUCAAUUCGUGCCUGGAAGCGGCCAACGGCGACGUUGAAGUGAACCCAAAAUGGAAACUGCAACGGUUCUUCGCUUCUACCAAUCCUGCUGCAUGCCAACAGUCCUUCGAGAUGCCGAGUGAAUCUGAGCAUACUCAAAGCGGCUCGAUUACGUCUGGCGACGAUCAGAAUAUUGGCCCUUCAUCUCCAGUUGACGUUCCGCCAACAGAUGACGCUCACAAGCCAGCUGCCCAUCCUUCAAGCUCUAGACGGUCGAGAUUAGUGCCGUCUGACAAUCCCGAUGACUAUAAGGAAAAAUAUGAGAGACCACCUCUAACCAGCCUCCUGACCCCUGGGCCUGGUGCUAGCAGAUUCCGUAAUUCUGCCUUGAAGGUCAUGCAUCUCAACAGAAUGCAAGCGUCUGUUCGUGCCCCUGGAGCAGAACCUGGCGUAGACCCGCGAAGGCCAUCAACUGUUGAGCAAUACUCCAAUAUCCAUGAGGAAUGCUUAAUUCAAGUCAUCGAUUAUGGGGGGGCACACGCCAGUUUCCAACGAGCUACCAACGAGAGCUUGAUUCAUUUCCUGGAGGAUUCCAAAACAUCUGUCAGACCAGUAUGGGCUAAGGUUAGAUGGAUCAAUGUCAUGGGUAUUUCAUGGGAUGUGAUUAGCGCCUUAGCAUUGCAAUACGACUUGCAUCCCCUUUCUGUCGAGGAUGUCCUUCAUACUCGACGCACGACCUUGUCGAAGGCCGAUUACUACGUCAAGCACCUGUUCAUAUCCACCCUUUGCCACACAUUGGGGGAGUCCAAAAAGCAUAAGGACUCGGACGCAGAGGGGCCGGACGAUGAACCCAAAGAGAAGAAUCACGGGAGGAAGGACAACCAUCAUCAUCACCCUCUGCAAGACAAUGGUGUCAUUGUUGAUGAUAAAAUAACAUCCUCCCGUAUUCCCAGCACCUCACGUGGAGGUUCCUCAAGCCUGCCUCCCCCAGCGACUGCUGAGAACAGGAAGUCCAAGUCAUGGCAUUGGUUUAACUCGAAGUCGAGCACCCCCAAACCGUCCAAACGGACGGCCCACGAUGACGACAAUUCUGAUGAAGAUGUGCACUCUCCGAUCGAAGACAUAGGCCACCUUUUCGAGGAUAUCACUAUGCCACAUGUUGCGGCGUCGAGUGCACAAGCUCCGCCUCCCGCUCGACCGAAUCCAAAUCCCCUGAAGAAGACUACAGCUUCGUUUUACAGAGAAAAAGUGGCUCGCAAAGAGGCCUUUGUCAAUGAGUUGAAGAAAGAUGCUCGAAUAAACGUCGAGAUCCGGAACCUUUACCUUUUCCUUCUGCGUGAUGGCACUGUUAUCUCGAUCUACAGAAAGGAUGCUACGUCCCGCAUGUUUGCCACACCAAUCGUUAAUCGCCUGCGGGAGCCGCAUACUAUCUUGCGGGCGUCCGCAGACCCAUCUUUGUUGCUGCAAGCAAUCCUAGAUUAUAUUGUGGAUGAUGCAUUGCGAGUUAUCGAUUGUUACCACGAUAAGAUUCUGUCUCUCGAGCGUCAGAUUCUUAUCAAGCCAAAGAUGAUGUCGGUUAGGCAACUCCACAUCCUCAGUGGCGACAUCACGCUGCAUAAGAGGACCUUAACUCCGUUGAGGAGUUUGGUGUAUGGACUUAGAAGAUACGAUCUUGCCAGGUGUCAGGCGCUCGUCUCCUCUGCCGCACCGAAGAGCGAACUAUCGGGGGUAAAAGGGUUCAUGACACAUCAAGCUAAGAUAUACUUGGCUGACGUCUUGGAUCAUACGGAAUAUAUCCUCAGCUCCCUCGAUACGUUCUCCAGUAUCGCAGAAAAUUUAAUCAAUUUUACGUUCAACACGAUCUCGUACCAAACUAACGAGACCAUGCGACGAUUGAGCAUCGCAACAGUUAUCUUCUUUCCAUUGACCUUCCUCACUGGCUACUUCGGAAUGAACUUUGAGAACAUGUGGUCUAUUCAUCACGGGCACACCGAUAUCGUCUUCUGGAUUAUCGCCAUUCCUGUCAUGGUUAUUGUCAUUAGCUCUUUCUUGUGGCAUGAUCUCGAACGCAUGACGCGCUUCAUUCGGAACGAAGCAGACCGGCGACAUUUCAAGAAGUCUUUCAAGCUAAAGCAAGCUUGAUCAUGCCAGGGGAUCGGACUAAGGAUCUGGUUCCAAAGCUUUUUUCUGCGGUAUAUUCUCUUAAUUAAGACUAUCGAGGAUUGUGG